GCGGGCGCUGCGCAGAGCCGGCUGCCCUCGGCCGCGGGCGGAGGCCGGAGCGCGCCCCGCCAUGCCCGGAGUGGCCGCGCUGGGCGCCGGCCCCGACCCCGAGGAGAGCUACGACUUCCUCUUCAAGCUGGUGCUGAUCGGGGACGCCAGCGUGGGCAAGACCUGCCUGGUGCAGCGCUUCAAGACCGGGGCCUUCGCCGAGCGCCAGGGCAGCACCAUCGGCGUGGACUUCACCAUGAAGAGCCUGGAGAUCCAGGGCAAGCGGGUGAAGCUGCAGAUCUGGGACACGGCUGGCCAGGAGAGGUUCCGGACCAUCACCCAGAGUUAUUACCGCAGCGCCAACGGAGCCAUCCUGGCCUACGAUAUCAGCAAGAGAGGCUCCUUCCUGUCCAUCCCUCGCUGGAUCGAGGACGUGAGGAAGUAUGCUGGGUCCAACAUAGUGCAGUUACUGAUCGGAAACAAGUCUGACCUAAGUGACCUUAGAGAGGUUCAGCUGGAGGAAGCUCAGAGCCUUGCUGAACGCUACGACAACAUCAUCUGUGCCAUUGAGACCUCUGCGAAAGACUCCAGCAACGUGGAGGAGGCUUUUGUGAAGAUGGCUACGGAGCUCAUGAUGAGGCAUGGAGGGCCCAUGUUCAGUGAGAAGAAUACUGACAGCAUCAAGCUUGACAGCAAAGACGUUGUAGAAGGCUGGGGGUGUGGUUGCUGAUAAGAGCUURGUGAUCUCCCUAACUUUACUGGAAUUUAGAUGGUGCUUCACCCUAAUGCUGAGUAGCAUGGUAGCCAUAUUCUCCUCCUCCUCCUGUGAAACCAGCAAUUUUGUAGAAGUUAGACACAAUCCUGUUUGCUUUGGUGUCUUAUUUUUAAAAAGGGACUUUUGAGAGGUAGUCCUAAAAGUCAGAUCCUCUGAAAAACUUACUCAACAUUUGUCCCCACCAUUUUAUUUUCUGCAACCUUCAUACAAGUUACAAAAAUGGAGGAAACUACUCUGAACUUGGUAUUUUGGGGUGGGAAAACAUUUUGUUGGGGAAGAGACUGAUGCAAACCCAAAAGUCAAAAUAUUUAGCACAGGACUGGUGGCAAAGGAGGUCACUUUUGGAMUAGGCAAUCUUGACAGUGUCUCUUCAAAUCCUCAGCACUCCACUACUGACCAGAAAGUGACAGUGUCUUUGAUAAAGGUAUUUCAAGGGUYAUAAUAGCCAAGAUUUUGCUUACAGGACCAAAUAGCAGUCACCUGUCCYAGGGCAUGGAUUGCUAGUUACUAUUGGAACAAGCCCAGGUGGGGGAGCCUUCUCUCAGGUUUUGUUAGAAUUUGAAGUUUGUAUUUUAACAGAAAGCAAGAGGAGCCUGAGCAAUAUCACGUGAUUUGCUGUCAAGCAGGAUUGGACCAGGGUGGUGAUUUCAUACAGCCUUGAGGAGAGGGAAGAUGCAUUUCAUUUGCUAUUGUUUGCACAGCGAUAGCUCCUUUUUUCCAAGUGGAAGUAUCACUGAGUUUUUGCCCUCAGGUCUCAUCAUUUCAUUCCACAACUCAAGACCUGCACCACUGGAAACAGGAACUGGAGAAACCUUGAACUGACUGUAGCCAAGAUCUCUUGCCAUGUGCCUAAAGGUGAUAUACAGGGUUCAUUCUGGUGGUACAUUUGAUGUUAUGUUACCAGACUGCAUAAGUGGCGUAAGUGGAUUUGAUUUUUUUAUUGGUUUUGUUUUUUUAAACCAUCUCUUUAAAUACCAGUAAUGGGAAGGAAGACCUCAGAAUAGCUGAAAACUGCAUGCAUUGCAGCUUCUUGGUUGUAAGAAACCAAUGUCUUUUUGAGCAAUUCCCUCCCAGCUUUGUACCCAAAUGUUUCCCUCUCCCUAUCACAAGUUACCAGUUGCUUUUCAUUUCUUGAAAAUAUGCAGCAGGAAAAAUCUUUCAUAGUUGAUCAAAAGUCUAUAUUAGGCAGAAUAGAUUUCAUAAUCCAGCUCCAUCUGGUUCUUUCAGGUGCAGCUCUUUAGUAUACGUAGAUGUAGCUGAGGUACUGAUGGCAGCAGUCCUCUGGAUUUACACKCUCAGGCACCUUACAAAAGUGGAUUUGCAAAGGGAGCAGGAGCAGCAAUAUUUUUAACUCUGCAGAUAAAGCARAUGUGUUAAGGGAUGGCAAGUGAUUUUUGCAAUCCUGAUAAUUUGAAGGAGCUUAUUUUCAAAAAGCAUCCAUUUGAAAUCAAGUCACUUGUUUCUGAAAAGUCUUGAUCAAAAAGGACUUGAAUUGUUUUGCUACUAGGGCUGCACCAGUUUAGUCAUCCAACAUAUCCAGUGUCAUGAAAAUAAGGAAGAUUAAGGAAAGGGCUAAUGGAUACUAAUUUUAAUACUGUUCAUCUUCCUGUAGAAAAUAUUAAACUAUUCUCUGCUCUUUCUGGUUUUUUAAACUGUGAGGUAGAUAGCUGAGGAGUAAUGUAUGCUUUGUAGCCUGUUUGCUUCUAUCUAAGGGGUUAGUUUUCAAAUUUUAUAGUUGUAAGAAUGAAAAGGCCUUAAAUUUUUCAACUAGUAUAGUUUUCACAAUUCUAAUAUUUUCUAUGGAAGGGCAGGCUGAGCUGCAGUAGCAUUUGGUAGCAUUUUUUGAUGGUUUUCUAGAAUAUUUCCAGCUUUCCUACAUCCAAAGACAGUAGGCAGUAAAUGUCCAGCUAGACACUGAAAAUGAGAAUUAUCCAAACUCUAGAGUUGUUGGUGUAUUCCCUAUAUUCUACUCUCAGGAGAAACUGUGAAGAUGGUCCAAACUAAAACUCAGUCCUGGUGACUGCUUUUCCUCCUGGUGAGAUGGUCCUUUAGGUACAGAAUAUUUGCAAGUAUUUGACUUUAUAUCAUCACACAUUAGAGUUUAUAUCUGUAGCUCAUGGGCSUGCAGUUCUGCUUGAACAUGGCCCCCCAGGAAAGCUCAGCCUCCCACUAUUUGCAGAUUAGUGCCAAAUAUUGAAUGCUGAUAAAAAUUCACAUGCAUUUAAGAACAGUAUUGCUACUUCUCACACUGAAAUCCACAGUUUACAUAGUAACUCUUCUUAAAACUGGAACAAGAAGCAAAAUGAACAUAAAUCCUGCUUCCAGUGAAGUCAGUGRAUGAUUGUGGUUUUGCAGUAGAUGAAGAACUGAGAAAUUAUUGAUCGGUUUUCUUAGUUUUGCGGGUUUUUUAGUAAAUAAGUAGAAUUAAAUCAGGCAGUACAUUUUUCAUUACAAUUUGCCUGGAUAUUUCUCUUAAACUAGGCUUGAAGGGUAAGGCUCUGUCUGCAGGUCUGUCUGUUUCAGUCAGAAAACGUGCAAUACAGCAGCAGUGAUUUGUUUGCUGUACUUUAAAUGRAGGCACCAAUUCAAAUUAGUUUUCWUYUUUUUGCUGCAGAAAACGAAAACUAUGGCUUUAAAUUAGUUUUGUCUUGUAACUCUUGGCUCUUCUGGAUUGUAACAAGUGUAAUACAAGUUUGCAUGCCUUGCUAACUGAACAAAAGAGCACAAAGAAAUAGUCUGAAGACUUGGUUUAUUUUUCAGGUUAGCAGAUGUGAAUGAUGGUGUUUGGGCUGUCAGUAAUUAAAGUUUAUUUUGAUUACCAAACCCUUCCUUUGUUCACUGGCAGAAGCACAGUGCUCACUAGGCUGAGAGUUUCUUGRCCAGAAAUAAACAGUAAAUGUAGAGCUUUGCACUGCCCUGCUGAAAACUUUGUUAAACCUCUGACUCACACACAGCUACAGAAUUCAAGCAUUAGRAAGAUUGCUGGUUUAACUCCAUUAAUCCUAUUGAAACCAAAAGGAUACCUGGGUGAGGAGAGGGAGUAGCAAUAAACCUGUGAUUUACRGGUAAAAACCUGAUUUUCAACUCUUAGGGUAUAAAUGGGCACUGGUGUCUGUUGAGUGAAUAAUUCAGAAGCGCUUGUUCAGAGUUCACAGCAUAAACAUUUGCCAAGAAACCUGUUUACUGGCAGUUGAACAUUAACAAGACUAYGGUGCAGUAAUUGCUUUUAAGCAGAUCCCCUUGGCCUGUCAUGUAUUUGCAUUAGAAUUUAUCAUUUAUUUUUGGCAGUACCGAAGUGUGCAAAAAUUUUACAAAAGCACAGAAGGGGGGACAUUGAUCUCUGCCUUGUAACACUUGGGAGUGGAAUGCAGAGGCAAAUACUGAAAUGAAAUCAUCAGCAGAAUGUGGUUCCCAGGAGCAUGGCCUUUGUUAUCCUUUGUAUUGAUUUURCUUUAAGCUGAUUUUGUCUCCAGUUUCUCAUCCAGUCCAUCAUCAUGGAUGGAACUUGUGCAAUUAUUUAUAAUUAUGUAAAUACAAUACCAAAUAAAUGUYAGCCCAGAAACCAGCUAAUAUUUGCUUUGCAAAGCAAAAUUUGGGAGAAACGAGAAUACUUAAAAACAGAGAAGUCCUGGUGAUUUUCUUACUCUCAUUGUACUGGAAAGUAGUAUUUUUAGGGAGAAAAACUCCAAAACUAAAUGAAGGACAGCUAAUACCACUACUAGCUUUUCUAUUAGCUAAUAUUGAUAGAUUUCCAAGAACUUCACCAAAAGUGGAGCUCUUGCUCAUUUUCUUCCUUUGCCUUUAAAGAUUCUGUUG